CCGCAUCCAGCAGCAGCAGCUUCCGAGGAAGGAGCGCACGGACCCGUUUGGCCAUAUUGUGCAGCAGCUCUCCGCAAAUCGGCUGCGUCACACCUAAAAAAGCACGUACACACUCACACACACUCGUACACACAUUCAGCAGCAGUGGAGCGAUAAAGGCAGCACAUCCGGAAGAAACUGUGACCGAGAAGGCGACUCCACAGAUCUGGUUGGUGCUUUUUCUCCGUGUUCUGAAAAUGGUGAAACUGGGGAAUAAUUUCAGCGAGAAAAACAACGGGAAGGUGGUUUCAGAAGACGGGUUCGACACCAUCCCCCUCAUAACCCCACUAGAUGCCAGCCAGCUGCAGUUUCCUGCACCAGAUAAGGUGGUGGUGAAGACAAAGGCAGACUAUGACAGCGACAGCAAGAAAGGGAAGCUACGGUCUCCCAAGAUCGCAGAGUUCUCCAUCAGCAUCAUCGAAGGCGUCUCCGAGCGACUCAAAGUGACCUUGCUGGUGAUCUGUGCCCUGGCCUUCCUCGUGUGUGUGGUGUUCCUGGUCGUCUACAAGGUCUACCAGUACGAGCAGCCGUGCCCCGACAGCUUCGUCUACACGCAAGGACGCUGCAUGCCGGCUGGGAUGUACGGCAACUUCCCUCCCCAGGGCCCUGGGGGCCGCGGACGCCUCUUUACCCUCAUCAACCACUACAACAUAGCCAAGCAGACCAUCACUCGGUCAGUAUCGCCGUGGAUGACCAUCAUGUCUGAGGAGAAGGUCACUCAGCAGGAGACGGAGACUGCUCAGAAGCUGGCUUAACCAACCUGGGCUCAGGAGGUGGGCUCACCUGCUGUAGGAAAAAUAAAUAAUACGGUUGUGCCAUUCAAGCAAACCUCGGAGUGUCACGGCUUUUUGUAGGGCGAAAAAAAAUGUACUUCUCGUUCCUGAGGUGCUGUGCUGCCUCGUUGGUGUAGUUUGGUCAGGGGACGUGUAGCAGGAAGUCUGUGGAACUGUCGAAUGUGUUUUUCGGCAAAGUGAGUCUUACAGUCGGGCGGACUCGCGGUUUGUUUGAAUAGUAUAUGUUCUUAUUUAUUUACACUUCAAAACAAGAGUGGCAUACGUGUAGAAAAAAGCCACAGAAACACUGACACACUCACACACACUCACUGUCUUUGUACAUUUACACAUAUGUAAGAGAACUCACUUUAGUACUCAGAUUGUGAAAUGACUGUGAACCAUCUUGUGUCUGCGUCGCUUGUAUUCACGCACAUGCGCGCACGACUCUAAUAAUAAUAAUACAGUUUUGCUUCCUUUUCAGUUACAUCAUGUACUGAUAGCGCAUGUCAGACCUGUUGCGGUCCAGUAAGUUUGCAGCAUAUCUGCCGCUGAGGUCAUAGUUUUACUGUCAGGAUAUUGUGAAUACAUGAGGGUUGAACUGGAAGAAAACUGUAAACCAGCGAAAAAAACAAACAUUUUAAGUGUUAUUUAUUCAGGCCAUUCUGCUCUCUGCAUAUAGUGCUGUUAAGGAGUUUAUAGUAUUUGAAGCAUCGUCUUUUUAACCAGCGUCAAUGAUUGUCUCCAUUCAUCUGAACUGUUUGUG